AUGUUCGACCAGCUACCAUACACUGUCCUCCGUUAUAUAUUGGAAGAACUACUACCUUCCAAUGUAGAUAGAGAUCUCUAUUGUACUCAUGAUACAACAACAUCAUUCAAACUCAUGUCAUUCAAAGACAGUGUGCUGAGGACGAUCACCAAGAAUAUAGACGCCAGAAGACAAUAUCGACAUGAAGUUGCCGCUGCUGCAGCUGCCGGUGCUCCAAUCGACAUUCAAACAUUUAGAGUGACCUGGCGCAUUGAUAAAAUACCCAGUGGCUUCUCUAAAGUGGACUUCUACUUAUUCACAAGACCAAUCGAGGCAGGCUUCGUACCAGAGGGUGUUAAGUGUGUCGAGUUCAUCUCAUCUUUCAGCCAGUCGCUUCUCCCUAGGGCCUUGCCACAGUCUCUUGUGGAGCUAAGGCUAGGCUCGAGUCAACAUCCACUGUCAAUUGGCUCGAUCCCCGACAAUGUCGAGACAAUCGACCUUGGUCUGCGAUAUGAAGAGCCAAUAUUACCAGGCAUACUACCAGCCUCGUGCAGACGGCUCACCUUGUCACAGGUCUAUGAAACACCUCUCCAAGUCGGUACACUUCCACCACUCCUGGAGGAGCUGGUCUUUGGCUACAUGUACAAUCAGCCAUUGCUGCCUGGACACCUUCCUCUGACUCUCAAGAGACUGGUGUUUGGUUCCAACUUUGACCAACCUCUUCAGAAUGGAUCGCUGCCGCCAUUGCUCAGACAGCUAAAGUUUGGCCAUUGUUACAAUCAGCCGAUACCAAACAAUGUCCUACCCAGUUCGCUGUCCAAACUCACCUUUGGUAAUAACUACAACACAAGUCUUGUAUUUGGAUCAAUACCAUCCAGUGUACAUACGAUCAAGUUUGGAUGGAACUACAACAUGCCCCUGGAAGUUGGGUCAUUGCCCAGCUUGCUUACCAGGCUAAAGAUGGGACGACUGUUUGACCAACCUCUUAUACCUUAUGCCAUCCCUUGCUCACUACGAGAACUGAGGUUUGGGCACAAGUUCAAUCAACCAAUACCUGUUGGCUCGCUGCCUGGUGGCGUCCAUACCAUCACCUUUGGCGACGGAUUCAAAUGCCCCGAUAUGUACCUUCCGCCAUCAGUGCACACCGUGCACUUGUCCUACUACUUUGACCAUCCACACCUGUUGACCAACGGUAUCUUUGACCAUGUCAAGCGUUUACUGCUGAGUAGGGCAAUGGCGCAGCAUCCAAAGUUGUUCUCUUUACUGCCGACAUCGAUCGUCACACUUUCAUUCAAGGAGACGCUACACAUUCGCCGUCUGGACGACACACAUGUACUACUGCUAGAUGACUCUUUGCAAGGCGGCCUUGUCAAGCAUUCAACAGGUCGCGCACAUCUUGUCGACAAGGUCAUCAAACGAUUGAUCAACCAUCCACCAAUUCCCAAAGGCAAAGUGUUGGAGGAGUGA